CAUUUUCUGUCUUUCAGUUUUUCGAAAAAAAAAAACAGAAAAUGUUUUCGUUAAUUAACAACCCCAAAGGCCAAAGUGCUGACAAAAUUAACACAAAAACCCAGCUUGGGACCAGCUGGGUCCGUUUCGUACAGGUCUAGGAAGGAUUACUAAACUAGAGAAUGUGUUCGGAUCGGGUGGGGCAAUUGCGCCAUGAAAUUAUGGUUGAGAUUGCAUCUGGAUGGUCGAUGGAGUACCCAAAUAACUAAAGACAACACACCCAAACCGACAAAAGACGAAAACUUGGGACUUCUUUAGUUGCUGUAUACCUGCAGUGUGUGUGAGAGUUAGUUGCUACCCAUAAAAACCAUGGACGUCUAAAGCCGGAGUUCCAGCCAAAACCGCCCUUUCUUUAAGCAUCGUUUGGCUCACCAUUCUGCUUUAUCCUGUCAAGAAAUCAUGGAUGCUGUAAAGGAGCAAUCUUUGGCCAAACAGAAUGUUGAAGACUCUUCCUCCACACCAGCUCCGCCGCCGCUGCCGCCUCCUUCUCCCGGGCCGCCACCUUUUCCUCCUAGAAAGGUAAAUGAAUCGAGUGAAAUCAUGGAGGAGCAGUCUCUAAAUCUGAAUGAGAAGAGGAAAAACUUCAUUUUGGAGAUACCCAAAAGAUCGGUUGAGGAAGCAUCAGAAAAUUCUUUGAGGUCACCUAUACCCCUAUCACCAAAUCCAAAAAGAGUGAACUUUUCUCCUUUACCGAGCCCUUGCCAUGAUAAAACAGAUGGGUCUCCAGGUCCAUCAUCUAGGGGUAAAUCAUUGAUGAAAAAUUUUAUUCCUAAAAUAAACUUCAAAUUCCGGAACACAACACUAGACAUUGAAAGGGCUGCUAUCCUAGCUCUUGGUGGGUCCCCGGUGAGACAAGAGAAACCUUCUCUAUUUAGCCAACUCUCUGUAACUAAGAUUUUCAAUCAACGACUGAAAAGAACAUCAUCAUUGCCUGUAAGUCCAAUUGCACACUCAAAUCCUGAAUCAACCCAUGGAGGAAGUUCUUCAACUAAAGUGGGUAUGGAGUACCCAAUACACAGAUCACACUCAGUUCCUGAUUUAAACAAAGAUGGAAGCUCAAGACAAGGACAUAUAGGGAGCCUAUAUCGUGUCAUUCCCUCAACUAGCCCUCAAGUUACAGCCCAGUCUAUAACUACAGCUAAAGGUGCUCCAGCUGAUGAUGGAAACGAGAAUUUGGGUGAAGACAUCACUCAAGAAGAUGCAGUAUGCAGAAUAUGUAUGGUUGAGCUUGGGGAGGGUACGGACACCCUAAAGAUGGAAUGUAGUUGCAAAGGUGAACUAGCCCUAGCCCACAAGGAGUGUGCUGUGAAGUGGUUUAGCAUAAAAGGGAACAAAAUCUGUGAUGUAUGCCGGCAAGAGGUUAAGAAUUUGCCCGUCACGCUUCUAAAGAUUCAAAACAACUUAUCAGGGUUUGGAGUGGCACAGGCUGCUAUUCUUCAAUAUAGGAUUUGGCAGGAUGUUCCUAUUCUUGUUAUUGUCAGCAUGCUUGCCUACUUCUGCUUCCUAGAGCAACUUUUGGUUGCUAAAAUGGGGUCUGGUGCCAUUGCAAUAUCUCUUCCAUUUUCAUGCAUAUUGGGUCUCCUUGCAUCCAUGACAUCCACUACUAUGGUGAGGCGGAAAUAUGUGUGGGUGUUUGCUACAAGUCAGUUUGUUUUGGUGGUUCUUUUCGCGCACAUUUUCUAUUCACUGCUCCACAUCCAAGCAGUUUUAUCUGUUCUUCUGGCGUCAUUUGCGGGUUUUGGUGGGGUAAUGUGUGGAACGUCAAUCCUCUACGAACUUACAAAGUGGAUGAGGUUGCAGUUUUCGUCGGAUCAACAACCUUCUCAGAGGCCCGAUCGGGCUUCAGAAUCCAAUCUCACACCUCAAAGUGACCACCAUCCAGUUGACAUUGAAAGUGGGAAUGCUGGAGCAGAACAAGCCAGACUGUAAAUAUAUUAUUCAUAUACGCGAGUCAUAUGCAUACCUACAUAUGCUUAUUUGUCAUUGAAAGUUAUUUUGGAAUCUGCUGAUGACAAGAUAUUUGUAAAUUUUCCACCUAAGUAAACAUAUGAGGCCUUGUUGUUUUUUAUAUACCCGUAAUUUUUUUUACUCCUUCCUGGUUUAUUUCGUUUUUGCAUUCCUAGAGGAAGUCCAGCAAAAAUUGGGUGCAAUAGAACAUUGAUACCCUCUUUUCUUUGUAUAGCAUAGUUAGUUCUACCUAAUCGAAUUGAAACAUUCUGUCCAAUAUAUGUGAUAGGCGAUACAAUGGUGCAUGUAAUAAAUGUUUGAUGGUCAUGCAAAGCAAACGAAACAGCUGUUUAA